GUGGCGUUUGGUGCGGUCUACGCUACAUUUCGUCACUAGAAUUGAAUUCAUACUCAUUUGAAUAGUGUUUUUAAGCCUCACUCCGCCAUUACUAUUAAUUUUUUUUCGUUUUCAGUAUUUUAUUCACUCGUAAUGAACUAGUUGUGUGUGCCAUGUGAAAACAUUGUAUCAAUGAUUCCCCAAUAAGUGUUUGAGAAGUGUAUCAUUUCCUGUUCCAUAUCGUACAGAAAACAAGCUACUACGACCGCUUGCGAACUCUAUUCGUUAUCACCGCGCUGUACGCUUUUGGUCUUCGCCUUUCAUCUCACAAGAGCCGGCUGGUGAUUGAUACGGAGAAUGACUGCUAAUAGCAGCUUAGUGAAGUGUAGAACAGUGUUAAUGUUGUGAACAAGUGUAUUAGUGGAACGUUAUAUAAGGUUGGAAUGAGUGAAGUAGGAAGCCCGCCCUGACGCGUCUUGCGCCGGCGUCCGCGGCGGGCGACGCUCGUGUCAUGGCCCCGGCGCUUUCUGUGACACCCCAAUUUAACCACUUCGACGCGACCAACGAGACUGUGAAGCUUACCCACCGAAGACGGGCCCUUGCGUCCGUCGACAACCUUGCUAUACCCAUGGAGGAAGACGACAUGGGACUCCAAAAUCAACCUAGCUUAGCUAAAGAUUCACAGGAAAUGGAACAGAUCCUAGUAGAUCUGGGCAACAGUGAUCUGGUUCAAGCAGACCUUCUCCAAGCAAUCAAAACAUUAGAAAGUGGAGGAGAUACUUUGUCAACCGGUGAUCCGGAUGGAAUAUUUCCUCUCAGUGGUUUUGAUCUUGCUGAUACUGCUGAUUCCGAAGGAGAUGCUGCAGAGGAUAAGGUUAGACUACUACAAGCACGUCUAGAACGCCGUUGUGCAUUCUUGUUGCGACGUUUAAGAAUAUUACAAGCACGUGCAAUUGGUAAGAAAAUAUCAGAAGAAGCAGCUCAGUCAUUUGAAAAAAGUGCUCGUGGAGCUCGCAAAGAUGGUGGUGGUAGGCCAAUGGGUUUAAAAGCUUUAUUAAAAAGAAUAGAGACCACUGCAGCCUUACAGGCUAAUGCAGCAUCCCGCUCAGUAGUUGGCCCUAAAUACUACAGAGCAGGAACAUCCAAAGGUGAUGCUACACGAUCAGCAUCCAUUGGAAUAGCUUCUGGCACUCUAGCAGGCUUGGAGGACUCUGCCGGUGCACUUCGUUCUCAUUUGUCUGUUGUUAAACAUCAGUUGGACUCGGACGCUACAGCUUCUUCAUCAGGAGCUGAGAGUAACGAUGAAGCUGUCACAUACAACAAUCCCCAUCAACAGCACAUGCCUAUUGAAAAACGAGCACUUUGGUCAUGGCAGAAGGCGCGAGCAUCGAUCGCGUCACGCUGGUGCUGGCUGCAGGUGCAGGUGCAGGAGUUGGAGUACAAGAUCCGACAGCACAACGAUUUGCACAGACAGGUCCGCGAAGCUAAAGGUUCGGUGCAAUUCGAAGGCGAGCCGGUAGGCUACGAAGGCAGUCUUCCCGGGGACGAUGUGUGCUCGUGCGCUCGCGUGCGACCGCUGAGGAGGGACACGUUCAAGAAGAGGAAGCUUCUGCAGAUGCACAAUCUGCACAUAGCCACCACAAAAGCGGCUAAACCUUCGGACGUCAAGUGCAGCUGCCGCCGGAACGCAGAGAGCUGCUCGGUGUGCACGGGGCGCGCCGAGCCCACGCAGCCCGCGCCGCCCGCCGCCACGCUGCCGCCGAGCCGCCGCCUCGCGCUCGUCGACCCCGCCUACCAUCCCGUGCUCAGCGAUGUCAAGGACAUAUCCCCGUCGGUGCACCUGUCGGCGCUGUCGUCGCGCUCGUGGUUCCGCUCGCGCUGCGGCAAGGCGUGGCGCGCGCCCGGCGCCGCGCCCCGCGCCGCGCCCGCGCCGCCCGCUCCCCGCGCGCCCCGCCGGCAUCCCACCAGAUUGAAAAGGGGCCGUCCGCCUUUAUCGCGAAAAAUAAAAGAACGAGAUAGGGAUGAAGAGACAUCAACAUCUGGGCAUGACAGGCGCGGUCGCAGUAGCACUGAAUGGCGCACUUGGCGACGACAGUCGUUCGAUAUCGAUAACAUUGUCAUACCACAGAGCGUGGCCGCCAACACGCGACCAGAGAUACUCACCUACAAGGAGAUCAUAACGCCAAAAUGGCGAGUUAUGGAGAUACCUGAAUCGCCGCUAAAUAAUGGUGUAAUGAAGUUUAACAGAAUGUCGUUUGAGAGUGAAGAGGAAGACAUUUCGGAAGCUGCGGUGCAAGCGCGACACACGCGUGCCGAAUGCCGCGAGCGCAAUCGAUACUUGCGCAAGCGGCGCUCGCGUCGCAACCACACCGACACUGAUACCGAGCACAACCCGAACGAUCAGCACCUGGUUGACCAUUCGCAACCACCGCCGUUGCAGCCGCUCUCGCCGCCAGUGCAACCAUUGAUGAUACAACAACAACCACAGCCACUACCGCUACCUCCACCACCACUUGUACCGAUACAGCAAACGAACGCGUUGCAACGACACCCAUCCCCAACAGAAAAUCAUGAGGCAAUGAGACCAUACUCUCCAAGACAGUUCCCAUUGCCAGAUGUCAUGUACAUCGAGAUGCUGUCCGACAUGCCGGAGGGCUAUCGACCGAGCAGUCCGGAACCGACGCCUCCGAGAAUAGACGAAGAAGGCGAUGAGUUGAGCACACUAUCACCGUUAUCGCCUUUAGUGUAUGAUGGUGAUGAUCCUGAUGAUGCAGAAUGGAAUCCUAGUAGCGAGAAGACAGAGAGACGAAAAAGCACUCUGAGGUGAAUUUGUGUGUUCUACUAUAUAAAAAGUUAUUUAACACAUAAGUUAUAAAACUCAUUGUAGGAAACUGAAAAUUAUUAAACUUUAAUUAUAACUUCUAAAUUACUUUAGGAAUGCAGCUAUUUCGUUGGUAAUUCAUCCAUAUGUAUAUUUAUGACAUUAAAUUUAUUUCGUUUUGUUUCGGUAUUUGCUUGUGUGAAAAUUAUAUGUUAUGACCAAAAUAUUAUAAAAUUAAAUAUAAUUUUUAAAACAACAACUAUAUACUUAACUUUCGGAUUGCAAUACAAUUAAGACAGGCGUAAUAUUUUGUGAAUAUCAAUGUGCUAAGCUGAGUAAUGUGUACGCAGUUUUAAUAAAUAUAUAGCUCAUAUUAGUUCUUUCCAAUUUAAAUUCUAUUUUGCAAAUUGGAAACAAAUUGAAGUAUUCAUAUUGAUUUAGUAAUCUAAAUAUUUAUUAAAAAUGUUAUAUUUUGCUAUUUGUAAUAAUGCGAUUCUAUAACUUUAUAAGUAAAAAAAGGCAAUGAAUGUACCACUGCUGGGCCAAGGCCUCCUAUCCCUUUUAGGAAAACAUUUGGAGCUUAUUCUACUAUACUGCUCAAUGAAGUUUUAGUGAAUACACAUGUCGUAUUUCAGUGAAAUUAAACACAGGCAGAUUUCCCCAUGAUGUUUUCCACAGCCGUACAUGAGAUAGAUUAUAAACAGAUGAACAUUCAGCGGUUUUUGCCUGGAUUUGAACCCGCAAUCAUCGCCCUGACCUCUGCGCCGUCGCGGCUCAUCUUUAUAAGUAAACAACUCAUAAUAUAUUCAUGUAUAAAAAUAAACUAGUAUUUUCGAUGACUUGUUUUGGGCAGAGUUAUGUGCCGACUCGUAAAAUAUAAAACAUAAAAUUUUAUCAUAAAUAGUAAUAUGCAACAGAGCAAUUAAUUUCAACAAAUAACUCAGUAAUAAAUAACUUACAUAAUAACUUUUCUUCAGUUUGUAUAAAUAGUUUUGGAAAGGACUAUAAAAAAUAUUCCGUUUAAUGCUAGUAAGUAUUACAUAUAAUUUUAAUGUCUACAAUUCAUGAUAUACUACAAAUUGACACUGCAUUUUUUAUUUAUUCAAAUCUGACAUUAUCUAACAUUCAACAACAACAAAGGAACUAUCUUAUAAAUAUUUGUAUAAUUAUAUGUGUAAGUAAAUAAAUAGAUUAUAAGAAGAUUCAAUUAAUCUAUCAGAUCUCAAUGUAUGGUAAAAGUCUUUCAUUUUGUAUUAACUUUUUUAUUAUUAAUUUUAUCUCUAUUUUUUUUUUUAUUGUUUAACUUUGACAGGUUUCAUUAUUGAAUUCAUUUUUGCUUUUUUCAUUUAAUAGUUAUUACAGUAAUUUCUAUGUGGUUAUGAAGUAUGGCAUUCGCUAAACUCCAAAAGCUUUAUUUACUUUUAAGAUAAUGUUAUAACUUGUAUAAAGAAAACUUGUAAAAAAUGUAAAAUAAUAAUGAAGUAAGAUUCCUUAAUUCUUAUUUACGAAUUAAUGUACAGAUUGUAAGUACAUCCAGUGUCUUUAACUAUAAGCUCACCCUAACUAAUUCCUCAUAGUGCAAAUUAUCACUAAUUUUAAUAUAUUCAAAUGUUAUAACAUAUGACAAACAUUUUGUUCAUUUCCUGCACAAGUAAUAUUUAAAUAUCUACAAUUAUUACAUUGAAAGUAUGUAGCGUUCAAGGCAAAUGCCUUAGACUAUGAUAAUAUUAUAUAUUUACUUGGGUAGAGGGUGCCUUUGAUUUUUGUCAUAAUCUAUCUUGGAGUAUUAGAUGUAUGAUUUGUUUAUUCAAUGUUAGACAUAAGUAUUUCUAGUGACACCUGCCCGAAUACGCUAAGCGAUUUGUAAAUAUUAAUGGGCACUGAAUAGUAACUAAUAGACUGGCUAUAAAUAAUUUGAAUCUCUAUAAGAGUUCCAUUAUCACUUUUCAUAAAGCUCCGAAGCAUUGAUUUAUAUUUUGAAAAAUAACAAUUUUCAAUAUUUGCAGUCAAAAUUCUAGGUGUAGAUUCGUUAUUUUUACAUUCAAGCUACCUUUCAUUCGACUCUUAUUUAUUUAAGGAUGUGAUACUUGGUGGUUGCGUGGAGACUGGAGUGUGCAGGAUUUAAAUGUUUUUAAAUUAAUUUUAUGAUUUGAAUUAAUGACAUGUUAGGGAAAUUUAAAAAUACUUUCAAUUCUUUCAUAAUUUUUUAUGGUACAUAUGUUUGAUUAAUACAUGAAUUUUAUUUAAAAAGAUUAUUUUAAAUAAAUAAUUGUAAUGUCGAACCAAAUAAAAAGUAUACUUUUAAGUUUCUCUUCAAGUCAUUAAAAUAGCAUUUCGCUUGUGCUUUGUAAAGAGGGUGACAAAUUAGAUGAAGUAAUACUUUAAUGUUUUAAUUGAAAGGAAGCCAAAGUCUUCUUGUUUAUUGUAAGAGUAGUUUAGAUUUAAAGUGACGAUUGAAGUCAAGUGCUUGAGAUAUACAAAAUGUGUUGUAUAUGUUAGUAUGCAGAAUAAAAAUAAAAAUUGAUGCGUUAAA